UUAGUGAAUGCCCUCAGACACUGGGAAGCUGCCGCUGGAGCCGGAAGCUGCUGUCGGCACUUUGUUCAGUAAACGAUGGCAGAAGAAAUGGUAACUGUAGAAAGACAGAUUUCUAACGGCGAAGCUUCUCAUGUGGGGAAGAAAAACUCCGAGAGUCUCCCGGAGAAGUUAAAACGACUCGCUAAAGCUAACUUACUGGUGAUUCUGACGGUGUCCGCGGUCAUUGUGGGGGUUUGUAUAGGACUCGGCGUGCGGAAUGUCAGUCUCACACAAACACAAGUGGUUUAUUUCGGCUUUCCUGGGGAGCUGUUAAUCCGGCUGUUAAAAAUGAUCAUCAUCCCUUUAGUGGUGUGCAGUCUGGUGUCAGGGGCAGCCAGUCUGGACCCCACGGUCUUGGGGAAACUCGGCGGCUGGGCGAUGCUCUUCUUCUUAGUCACCACGUUAAUCUCCUCAGCGGUCGGUGUCAUUAUGGCGAUCAUCAUCCAGCCGGGUUCGAGUCAGGGAACCAAACCCAAGCUGACCUUUACUGACGAGACGCUGCCUGAGACUAAGGAGGUCGCAGACUCGUUUUUAGACCUGAUCAGAAAUAUCUUCCCCUCCAAUCUGGUGGCUGCUGCUUUUCAGUCGUAUGCUACUGGUUACAAGAUUGUGAAAACCAACACAAAUGUUACCAACAUCACAUUGGAGAAGGUCCCAGUGGGUGAAGAUGUGGAUGGUAUGAACAUCCUGGGCCUAAUUGUGUUUGCUAUGGCAUUUGGUGUGGCCUUGAGGAAACUGGGAGAGGACGGCGAGAUUCUAAUCAAGUUCUUCAACUCUUUUAAUGAGGCCACCAUGGUGCUUGUGUCCUGGAUCAUGUGGUAUGCCCCACUGGGGAUCAUGUUUUUGGUGGCUGCUAAGAUUGUUGAGAUGGAGGAUGUAGGGAUACUAUUUGCCAGCUUGGGAAAGUAUAUUGCCUGCUGUGUGAUUGGUCAUGCAGUACAUGGCCUGCUCAUCCUGCCACUAAUUUACUUUGUGUUCACUCGGAAGAACCCCUACAAGUUUCUCAUGGGCCUGAUUGCUGCUUUGGCAACUGCUUUUGGAACCUCGUCCAGUUCUGCAACCCUGCCUUUGAUGAUGAAGUGUGUGGAGGAGAACAAUGGCGUAUCGAAGCAUAUCAGUCGCUUCAUCCUACCUAUCGGUGCCACCGUCAACAUGGAUGGAGCUGCUUGCUUCCAGUGUGUGGCUGCAGUCUUUAUUGCACAGUUAAAUGAUAUUCCACUCAACUUUGUCCAGAUCAUCACCAUACUGGUGACGGCCACAGCAUCAAGCGUGGGAGCUGCAGGGAUUCCUGCUGGAGGUGUGCUGACCCUGGCUAUCAUCCUGGAGGCAGUGGGAUUGCCUACUAAUGACCUCUCUCUCAUCUUGGCAGUGGACUGGCUUGUAGAUCGCACGUGCACAGUCAUCAAUGUGGAGGGUGAUGCAUUUGGGGCAGGGCUGCUGCAACACUACACUGAUAAAACUAGCAAGAAAGAGGAGGUAGAGCUGAGCGAGGCAUGUUCUGAAGAUGUUGAGAAUCCAAGAAAACCUGAGCACUCUCCUCUCCUGGACAAACGGGCAGAAUUAGUAAUCGCUGGUUCUCAGUCUUCUGAAAAAGAAUCUGUAAUGUAGUCGAACACAGUUUGAUUUAAUGGUGCAUCUAUUUAAGUUUGAAGAAACCUAUACUGUAAAGCUGGGGUCUGCAGUCUAAACACCAGGCCAGUGACUCUGUGGGUUUUCAUUCCAACCAAGCAGGAGCUUUGUUUUUUUCACUUCAACUUGAUCUCCAAUCAAUGAUCACCUGCUAUUGGAGCCUGCAGCCAUAUUAGCCCUUUGCAGACCCUCCGUUUGAUUCACAAAUAGGCUGAAUAUUUCAUGUAACUAUGCAUUUCUCAGGUCACAAGAUAUUUAGAAAGGAUUUAUGAAUCUAUUCCAAAUUAGUGCUGUUUUGUUGUGGGGUUGUUCCGUAAUGCACACUAUUUAUUUUAUUUUUGGUAGUGGAUUUUUCUCUUUUUGCUAAAUUGUAAGAGCUGGUCCUCGGUGAUUUUAAAUCCAGUUUCAAUGUUCUAAUGACUUCCGUUAUUUCCUCAGUUGAAACUUUAGGAGGUUUCCAACCUUCUGUUGUAUUUAAAGUGUGAACCAUUAAGAAUGUCAUUAAAAACUACAAAACUGUAUUAUUUUAGUAAUUGUGUUUUAAGGGUUUAAAUGUUUGGUCAUAAUAAAUUCAGUUUUGCGCCUGAUCUGUUUUAGUAGCUUAUAGAAAUAAAAACUUCAUCACUCCUUGUAGGACAAUCCUCUUCUGAAUGUUACAUAAACGUGUUGAUUUUUAUAAAUAAAUAACUAGUAUAAAUAGAUGCUGAAGUUACAGAUUUAUAUACUGGGUGAAAUUUGUCUGAAGUAUUGUCACUCCAUGUGCUUUUUUUUCUUCACUUUUUCUCUUGCUCAGGGAUAAACUAGGGCUUUUGCUUAAAGUCUGGAUUCUUUUACUUGUGAAAUUUAGGGUGUAUUUCUAAUAACUAAAUUUGUUUUGGCCAAAAAUGAAAUUAAAAUGUGUUCUAACACUUGAGAACAUCAGCAUCUGUGUGUACAAUUAAAGACCUUCUCAUUCCAACAGGCUGCUGGUUGUGUUUCAUGCCAAAGAGAAAUGCUGUGUGUUUAGCGUCCACAUGCAUGUAUACUGUCUUAAUAAUAAAGUGCUUUUGUAAUGAU